AUGCAGCUUAUCCACAACGACACCGUUGAUACUUUUGCUUUGACUGUCAAAGGAGAUGACGAACGCCGAAGGUUUUUCGACUUCUCAGAGCCAGUUUAUUAUGUGAGUUCAACUCGUUGUACAACAAAUUGGACAUGUAGAGAGACCGUGCUCGUCUUGAGUUUUUGGCCCGGUACAAAAGCCUAGCUUGGUUUGAACCAGUCUUAAAACCAAGUAAAUCCGCCUGGUUUUUUCCUAUAAUACUCGGGCAUGUGCAGGCUUUGGCUUGGCCCUCACAUGUCUUUUUUAAAAUUGCUGCUCAAAACCGGCCUAAGCUUUAAUUAGUUAGCCUAGUAGGACCUCUUUGAAGUCUAGUGAUAGAUAAGUAUUAAAGGAAUAAUUUUUUAAUCAAAAUACUUUUUCAGUCCAUUAGCAAAGUGUUAAUCAAUGUUCCGAGUCAAAGCUGGCACAAGUAUAUGGCGUUUUUCGAAAGUUAUCAAUUUACUUUAUGGGUUGCAAUAUUAAUAGCUUUAAUGUUACAAUGUGCUUUGAGCGUUAUUUUCAAUAGAGUGGAAGUUAAAAUUAAUAAAGUAGGUUGUUGUAUUUUUUAAUGGUGUAUCUUAUAUUUGCAUUUUUUAUUUUUUUGUGUUUGUUUUUAUUUUUUUUGUUUUUUUUUGUAUUUUUUAUUUCAUUUUUUUUGUAUUUUUUGUAUUUUUUAUUUUUUUUUUGUUUUUUCAGAAUGAAAAAAAGAAGAGAAUUAGCGAUUUGGUAUGGCAAAUUGUGAGACUACAGCUAAUGCAACCAGAAGAUGUCAAUUGUAACAUUACUGCAGGUAGCUUUGAAGGUUAUUUUUUUGUUAAAACACUCCGAUCUAGCGAAUCCUUUUAUCAUAGCAUCACACAAGCCUAUGCUUAAGCCUAUUCUUCAGUUAUUGUUACCUGUGAUUCUACCCUUACCCCAGCUGUGUCCAAGCCUACGGUACUUCUAGUUUAGCCUUACUUUUGCCAUAAUAUAGCUCGGCCUUACAAGGAAAGUGGCACUUUCCUUGUAAGCCUAGUUUUACUCUUACUGAAGCCUCAUUUUAUAAAGCUUCAGCUUUACCUUACCUUUAACAUUAGUGUAGCGUAGUGUUAAAUUAAGCUUAUAGUAAGGAUCGAGCGGAAAUGAGGUAUAGCUAUGAUAUCGCGACAGUACGGUUAGAGUAAGGUUUUGUAGUCUGGGACAAAGCAAGUACAAUCUAAGGUAACGGUAGCUACAAAGUAGGGCUAGGCUUAUGUUUGUGUGUUACUAUGCUAGAGUUAUUUCUUUUACAAGAGCUUUACUAUACUUGGUUAACUUAGGUCGAAUCUCCGUCUUCAUAUUUGCCUUUAUUCAAUGUACCGUUAUCAUGGGUGUCUUAAGUUCCUACAUAUUCUCCAAUCUAGUACGAAAGCAAGACCCAAUACCGUAUAAAACGUUUUCACAAUUUGCGUCGCUUAUUGCUGAUGGGACGUUACACAUGGUUGAAGUGACCAAAGCUAAUAUAUUUUAUGAAACUAUAUACAAAUCAAAUGCUGCUGAUUACGUGGAGUUAAGGCAUGCCUUGGACAAGAAUCCAAUAAAGCUGGCAAAGAAUAUUGAAGAGCUAUUGGUUUUUCUAGAUGAACCUGGCGCUGUUUUGGUUAGAUAUGUGAGUAUUAUUGGUUUAUAG